ACACGGGGUCAUUGUUUUACUGGUUGGGGUACAGGCUGCAUGAUAAAAAUCUGGAGUAAAGCUGAGUAAUAACUGCGGAAGACUUUUUGUUGUUCCUGUCUAGACAGACGCAUUUUUUUUUUAAUUCUGUUUGCCGGUUAACCUCCUGAUGUCGGAGAACUUUCUCCUGUCGCCACGCUGCAGGUCUCCUCUGUGUUCACGAGUCGUGAACAAUGAAAACCGGCAGCACAUCAACUCUCAUUCUGCUGGAGAUGAUCUACGUCACAUUAAUCCCAGCUCUGAAUGCAUCAACGAUCAGCGUCCUGCCCGAGGUGACUGGAUAUCUUGGGCAUGAUGUCACCCUGCCAUGCCACUUCAUCAAAGCAUCAACAAAUUUCACUGUUGUUCAGGUUCAGUGGGAUCGGCUGGAACCAGAAAGAUAUACAAUCCUUGUUUCUAAUCCCCAGUUUGGGGUGAACAUCUCUGAUAGUCCUCUGAAAGAGAAGGUGAACGUCACAGAACAGUCGUUGAUAAUUAAAGAUGUCGAACUGGAGGAUGCAGGGCUGUACAGUUGUCUCCUUACAAUCUACCCCAGUGGUCCAUUUGAGAGAACGACCAAACUCAUUGUUCGAGAACAGCUGCCAUUAUCAUCAGGGCAGGUGUCCGGUAUAGUGAUCGCUGUCAUACUGCUGGUGGGGAGCAUGGCAGCCAUAACGUAUUUCUUCUUCAUCAGAAGGUUUGACUCUUCAGGCAGCCACAGUGUCUUCAGUGACACAGGUGGGACAGUGAUGGAUGUGUCCAAGUCAUCUGGCAUUGAAAGAGCUGAGGACGUGGUCUACUCUGGAGUCAAGCUCAAACCACUGAGAGGUGAGACGACCUCGAGCAAUGAUGAACACAGGAGGCCGUCGAAUGCAGACGUCACAUACGCAGAUGUUAUGAUUUUGGGUCGGAGGCCAAAAUGAGGGCAAAAAAUAAGAAAUCACUUUCAAAGCUGCUGUUUGUAAAGUACAUUUAUUAUAGUCUUGGUAUCAUUCCACAUAUUGUAAUAUGGAUGAAUGGACCUGUGGUCUGAGUGCCAGCUCAACGACAGCCAUUCUCGCCGCUCCGUGAGGCCACAAUCUUCACCAUUUAAUCAAUUAAUUAUCAAUUUAAUAACUGGCACGAGACAAACUACAGCUGAGGCUGAUGAGAGUAUAACCUAAACUAGAUUGACCCUUUACUUCGCUUCACUAGAUUUCUUGGAAAUCAGUGGCGUAGUUUUUGCAAAAUAUCUUUGCAGUAUAAAACAUAACCUUUUUGGAGAAGGUAAUAACACUUUGUCCUGAGAGGCAGCUCCAUGAAAAAUCUGUUAACGAGGUAACUCCAAAACAUCCUCCUUUAAUGUGUGAAUUAGAUUUGAUUACCUGUAGCUGCUCCUGGAUUUCAAUAAAGAGCUUCUGAGUCCA